UUUCGCUCAUAUUCUCUCUCCUACCUACUUGAGGCUGAGCUCAGUCGGUGCGUUGCCGUGAUAGCCGUGUCCACUUCGCAGGCCUUGGCCUCUUCCAUGCCCAAACACAGAUGUUCCACAAAGCUAAGACCAGCCUUCGGCCAGGCCGACGGUGCGUAAAUUCACCCGUAGAGACCUUAUUUUCACCUCCGCCUCGCCUGGGAAACUUUCCCCCGGGAAGGCGCUCCUCCUAUAUACGCCAUCUUGGGUAAUAUGUCCAGAACAAUUACAUAACGCGACGAAAGAGGUAGCCAGAAUUAAGAAGGAAGGUAUCCUCUUUGAUGGCUAGUCUGAUGCUUUAAAACAAACUCAAAGUCGUUACCUUCUGGUCACUACGUGUUCAAAGUCAACAUACUCUUUGUACACUUCUUCUUGCAGUCAUGACUGCAUAAUGCCGACCAAAUUCCCACUCCAACAACACCGGGCCGGUGGUGGCCACCCAAGCGGCGAGCGCAAAGGCAUUCAAGACAAGCUAGAUGAAUCUCUUUUGGGCCACCUCUCUCAACUCUUCAACAAAUAUGCCACUGCAAACAACACAUGGACUCGGGACCAGAUCAGCAUUUUCAUGCAGCACGUACAGGCCGAGGACCCCAAUGGCCUGGCGGGUUACCUCAUCGACAAAAACGAGCUUGAUCUCUUCGAGUUGAUCAAAGACAUCACCUCGCCAUGCGGUAACGUUCUCGAGAUGGCGGCUCCCCAGGACCUGUCGUGGCCGCUGAGCAGCUACUUCAUCAGCUCGAGUCACAAUACUUACCUUACCGGAAACCAACUCUCAAGCGACUCCAGCGCUGACGCUUACAGGGAUGUCCUCCUCCGUGGAUGUCGCUGUAUUGAGAUUGAUGUUUGGGAUGGCGAGGAGCGAUACAAGCCCGGGGUCAACCCCGAUGGAGAAAAAGAGAAGGGCACAAACAACGCACCGGCCAAGCUCAGUCUCGGAGACAAGUUAGGCAUCAAGGUUAGCCGUUGGAUCUUGAACAAGUUUGACCCUGUGGAUUCAGAAGGCAGAACCGCCGAUGAUAGGCUUUCGGACAUUAUUUGGGCGGAGCCGCGGGUUCUUCAUGGCUUCACUCUCACCAAGGAGAUUCUUUUCCGCGAAGUUUGCCAAGUCGUCAAGGAAUACGCCUUUGUCACGUCGGAUCUGCCACUCAUUGUCAGCCUGGAGGUGCACUGCAAUCCACUACAGCAGGCUGCCAUGGUCGAUAUCAUGGAGGAGACUUGGGGAGAAUUCCUUCUUCCAGAACCCGAGUUGGAGCCGGCUUCUUUAGCGUCGCCCGAACAGCUGCGCAGAAAGAUUCUUGUCAAGGUCAAAUAUGUCCCGAAGGAUGAGGACGGCGCCGAAAGCGUCAAUGCAGCCUUAGACGAUGACAGUAGCAGCAUACUUGAUGUCACAACGACAGAAGGAGGCGAGAAGAAGGCCGUGAAGGUCAAGCCACCUAAGGUCAUCUCUCGCCUCAGUCGUUUGGGCAUCUUCACGCGUGGUAUUACCUUCAAGUCUCUUGAGCAAGCCGAGGCAUCGAUGCCGAACCACAUCUUUUCCCUUUCGGAAAAGACAGCAUUUGCUAUUCAGAGAAGGAUGCCCAAGGCCUUGUUCUCUCAUAACAGGGACUUCCUCAUGAGAACCUACCCACACGGCAUGCGGUUCGACUCGUCCAACUUUGAUCCUGUCAUCUUUUGGCGAGCGGGCGUGCAGGUUGUCGCGCUGAACUGGCAGUCCUGGGAUGUGGGCAUGAUUCUCAACGAGGGCAUGUUUGCUGGUUCGGAUGGGUACGUCCUUAAGCCUAAUGGUUAUCGGCGUGACCCUAUCGAUCAGUCAGACGACGAAGAUGUAGGAUCCAACAUCGAGAGCAAGAAAUUGGAUAGAGUCGCUGUCACAGGACUAGCAGCUCAGAACCUUCCUCUGCUCAACCCACAUGAUGAUCCGACAAAGUUCAUCCCUUACGUCAAGGUCGGGUUGCAUACCGAGCCAGAUGCGCUGUCUGCCAUGGUGCGUGGAGACUUGGACGGGGAGCAAGUCACACAGAUUGGCUACAGUGGCCAAACAAGCAAGAGUACUGGCACCAGCCCGGAUUUUGGCGGCGAGGUCAUCGAGUUCCUGAACGUCGAGGGCGUUGUUCCGCAGCUGGCUUUCCUCUCAUUCGUCGUCAUGAACGAUAUUGUUGGGCCGGAUGUUAUGACAGCGUGGGCAUGCAUCCGCUUGGAUAGGCUAAGACUUGGGUACCGCUUCGUCAGGAUGCUUGACAAGGACGGUAUGCCCAGCAAGGGCUUACUUCUCAUCAAGGCGGAGGUUGCGGAAGCCGGCACCGAGUAGUAUAAGGAAAGCAAUCAAAACGAAUUCCCACCUUCUUUUCUUGGCACUGAGUCAUUAUGGUGAGACCUUGGUAUCACAUUGCACUCCAAUAGAUAUUUUGAGCCAACUGAGUCUAUAUUCGUAUGAAGCCUUUAGUGAUCUGAUGGGUGCCGCAUUCGAUUGGACAUUGACGAUACCGGUUUGAACUGGUGCUGUGUAGUCCAGAAGCCGCGAAAUUCUGCCGCAAACCGGAGGCUUACCGAUGAACAAGCAAUAUGGAGCGUCGGACCUGCAGUCGGCUUCCAUCCGAUACGCGCUUGCUAAAGACUGAUAUCAAUUCGCUCUUGGUGUGGUCAAGAUGCAUCCUUUGGCCCACAUCAAGUCGGGUUGCGUGCUCGACUUCCAACAAGACGCAAUGCCACCCAUUCCGUG